AUGACUAAAAGAUGUAUGGAUGCAAUGUCUUUAAUUCAUAAAUAUAGUAAACCUGAUGUGCUUUUGACAAUGACAUGUAAUUCAAAUUGGUCUGAAAUAAAAUAUGAAUUGAAACACAGAGACGAAAUACAGGAUAGACUAGAUUUGUUAGUACGAAUAUUUCGUGCCAAGUUUGAGAAACUGAAAACAGAUUUGGUUAAGAGAAAGUUGUUGGGUCAUAUUGUUGCAUAUAAUUUUGUGUGUAAAAAUAAGUAUCCGAGAGAUUACGUUGAAGAUACUUCUUUGAGUUAUGAUUACUACCCACUAUACAAGCGUCCCAAUGAUAGUGAAAGUGUUAAAGUAAGAGCGUGUAUGUUGGAUAAUAGACGGAUUGUACCAUAUAAUCCUUACAUUUUAAUUAAAUAUGAUUGUCAAAUUAAUGUGGAGAUAUGUUCUUCUGUUGAGGAUGUUAAAUAUCUAUACAAGAAUGUAUAUAAGGGACAUGAUCGCAUUUAUUUUACUUUAAAUAAAGAAACGAAUGAACAAUUCAUUGAUGAGAUUUCAAACUACCAAACAGCUAGGUGGAUAUCUCCACCUGAAGCUAUAUGGAAAAUAUUUCUUUACAAUUACAUACUAAAGAUGCUCAAACAAUUACAUACAAUGACACAGAUAAUUUAUCAAAUGUUAUAA